AUGUCCAAAGAUCUGCGAGUUCAAAUUGAAGGACUACCUGAGCAAAUCAAGGUCAGUUCCUAUAAGACAAAAGUGCCACUGGUGCUAUAUUGGAGGGAUGGUUUGGAUGUCAUUAAGCAUCUUUUCACUAACCCAGUCUUUAUGCCUUGCAUGGAUUUUCGGCCAUACCAAGAAUUUGAAGGCCCAGAUGGACAUGCUGAUCAUGCAUGGGAGAUACAGGAUAAGCUUCCUCCAGGCUAUUCAUUCGUUGGUGUGAUUGGUGCUUCAGACAAGACACCUUUAAUGAUCAGGACCGGAAACAAGGAGAUGCAUCCCCUAUUGAUCUCACUUGCUAACAUACAUGCAGGUGUUCAUAUGAAAGCAACAUCACAUGUGUUUGCUUUGAUUGCUGCCCGUGAUGGCUGCGUCAUGUCAGACCUGAGAGGAGAUUUGUGUAUGAUUCAUACCCCUUUGGUUGCCUGGAUAGCUGACUACCCUGAGCAACUCCUCAUUGCAUGUACUGCCUCGAAGCACUCACCAAUUUCCCUCGCUGUCUCCACACAAUUUUGGGACCCUCUUCCACACUCUCCUCAAAUUUGUUCUCACACUAUUGAUGCUAUUGAAAGGGCCUGCGCUAUUUCUGACCAUUGCGACAUCGCAUCCUUCUAUAAGGCAUGCCAGACACUGCAUCUGAAUGGCGUAGUUGAACUGUACUGGAUGGAUUGGGGUGAUGCAUGCCCAUCCCACUUUUUGAUGCCGGAUGCCCUUCAUCAAUGGCACAAAUUUUUCUUCAACCACCCUAUUACUUGGUCCAUAAACAUCAUGGGGGGAGCAGAACUCAAUCUUUGA